CCUAACACCAUUUUGAUAUUUGCUUAGUACCUCACACAUUCUUGGAUGCUAAAUCCCCAGGUCGUGUAAUUGCAAGUCGUGUCGAACGUGACCCUUAAGCGGGCCAGUGCUUUGGCUUACCUAGCGCGGAAGGGUUCAUCGACUUACCGUCUUCUGACGACGGACUUUUAAUUGCUGAAGAAGGUAUAACUUUCGGCAGUCACACAAUAGGGUUUGCAGCCUUCGGGCGGCUGAACGACACCUUGGAGCCGUGGCGCCCAACCUAGAUUUUGUUGUGAGCUUAGCUUAAACAGCAGCGAAAGUGGGGCGCACGGCGGGUUCAGCACCUGGAGACCUGGCUAUGAGGGCAGCGCAAGGAUUGCUGCCUAUCCAGGAGCACGUCGCUCUUAAGGCAGAUGCUGUGGACCAACCUACAUCGUUACCUGCUCCGCAUUCAUGUCAUUCUACAGCGUCCAGGGUUGUAAAGGGAGAGGAUGUACUGUAUAUACACCCGCUCGCUAUUGCGACGCAACCACAGAGCAUGCUCUACAUGGUUUGCGACGGGCAUUCCGGGGCAGAAGCUGCCAACUACGUAGCAGCUAACUUUGUACGAAUUCUGAACACUUUCCUUCCACCAAAGGCGCCUAGCAUGUCCAGCCCAAAAGAAAUGGAGGCAUUUGCGGAGGUUGUAAGACUAGCAAUCGUGGAGACCUUUGUUCGGUUGGACAACGACUGGAUUGCCGUAGGGCACAUGUCGGGAACCACGGUCACCGCCACCAUCGUUAUCGGCUACCUCCUAACCGUCGCAAACCUGGGCGACUCCUCAGCCGUCCUUGACACGGGGUGCUCCAUUUUGGAGCUCACAGGAAGCCACCGAAUCCAGAGCAACCCAGAUGAGCAGGCACGCCUCCGUGCCGCGGGUUGCACGCUAGCGCCCCUGGGCUUCCAUCUACAGGGCCCCGCACGACAGGGGGAGCUGGGCGUGGGGCCGCUGCGGCUGUGGCCGGGCGGGCUGUGCGUGUCACGGUCGGUUGGGGACCUGGAUGCGGGGCCGGAGGUGGUGCCGCUGCCGCACAUUCGGCAGCUCAUCCUGCCCUCCGAGGGCGCGCGCAUCAUCAUCUGCUCCGACGGCGUGUGGGAUCUGAUGAGCCUCAGCAAGGCGGUCAAGCUCUGUCGAUUCAAGCCCGCUAGCGCCGCCACUGCUGCGCUCAUGGGAGCUGUCUCUCGGGACCUGCGAUUGCUGCCCCAGGACGAUGCCAGCAUUAUCGUGGUCGACCUGCUCCCCUCCGACAGCACCAGCUGGCCCACCGUGGCCCUCAAGACCAACCCAAAACCCGAAAAGUCCGGCGGCUUGUUUGCUUGCUUCCGGCCGGAACUUGACGAACCCGACAGCCGUGAUCUGCACACCGCGGCGCCCGGCCACCUUGCUUUCAUGGCGGAUCUGGACUCCUUGCGUGUCUACCCGCAAAUGCGCGCAGCACUGCAACGUGGCCAGAUCCAGCACAUUGCAACCGCGCUGAACAACGCGGCGGGAGGUGCGGUGAAGCCGCCCGCGGAUUUCACCAUGCAUGGUUCCAACAAAGUCGCGUUUUACCGCGGUUUGGGAGAAAACGGCCACGGCGGGUCCAUGGGUCGGUCGAACUCCUCAACCGCCGUUGCUGACGUGGCAUCGGACGGCGCCAACCACUCCAACCACUCGGUUACGUCGGGCGAGCCGACGAACCGCUCGCAGCCCUUUUCGGCCGGGAGUUCUGAGUACGACAGCCCUGUUGUUGCAUUUGGGAGCAUGCCGCAGGCAAGGCUUGGAUUGGCGUAAUAAGUGGUGGCCGUGGGUUGGAGGUGCUGGGGGCAGUCGCCGUCUUGGUGGUCGUGUGCUUCCGGCUAAUGAAACAACCGCUGGUUUCGUUGGCUCGAGGAGGAAAGAAGCGGUGGCGACUGUGACAACUUGAAAAGAGCCGCUUUGGAUUGCGGGAGAGCGGGCGGGUUGUGUGGAUUGGUGGUAGCAGGACACUGGGGUGGGGAGGGGCGCAUGGUGGUGAUGUGACACGGGGUAUUCACGUUAUUGUUUGUUGCUUAUAUUAACUGACACGACAGGACGCGUAGGGAUGCAGCAGGUUAUAACUUGGUUACCGUGUUCCAGCCGGAUUUGUGUUGCUUACUGCGGAGGGCUCCCAAGGCGUUUUGUGUCCUUCUUGUGGGGGCUCUGAGCCUGCAAAGGCUGCACACAAAUGUAUAUCUUGCAGGGGGCGGAGGUGAGGGUCUGGCGGCUGUGCGGAGACGAAGGGCGGUGUGCUCAAUGCUUGCGCGGUUAUGUGCGCACAGGCUGAUGAGUCCUCUGCGGCACCUAGCCGGCCGGCCGCCGGCUUCCAAAGGGGAACCUGCUACUGCCUGGCUGCACGGUCUCUUUGUGGCGAUAGCGCCUACGAGUUGCUGCUGCUACGGUUGUGUGCAUGGUAGUUGACCCAUGGGUCAUUGCGACGGCAGGCAUAGUGUGCUCGGUGAAAUCGACGGACACCGCGUGGGGUGCGGUGAUAGCUUGAUGCUGCUGCCUGCUCAUGCCUCCUUUUGUGAUUGGGAAAACAUUGGAAUUGUGCGCAAGAUCUUGAAACAGUUAAGGGAUUUCGAUAUGGGAGUAUUAGGAGCUCAUGCUUGUGUAACUGGUUGUUCUCCGGUGCGCGUGUGUGUUAAGAAAACUGGCGUGUGUGUGUAUGGUCGCUUCUGCUGUUGCAUAAUAUGAUGCUAUUUCCCAUCUGGGCGGUGCGAAGAUUGCACGCGUGGCGAAGGGUUUGGGCUAGUGACCCAUGGGUCUGCGGGUCCCGCACAUUUACUAAGGUAUCAGCGCCAGCAGGACACUUGCACGUUGUACGUUUAACUUAGGCUUCCCACAAUAACCUGCUCUUGACUUCGCAACUUUGCGUUUGUGCCAAUCUGAGCUGCUUUUGCUGUUACUGCUGCCGUUGCAUUGGUUGCUGGCACGGGUGCGCUCCUUGGCUUGUGCCCCGAUUGUUGCUCUGGGGUUUUGCACUCCGGAACAAAUAACAAAAGUUAUACGACGCUUUACAUCUUAUCGAUGUUGCAGAGUUUGCGGUGGCUUCGCGGGAAGUUAUUGCUUGCAAUGGUGCGCGUAUAUGUUAGGAACUGCGGCUCAUGAGACACGGCUAUACAGGAGCUUUUUAGGGGCAACGAAGUCUGUGGCUUGUUGCCGCUUUUGCGGUGCUUCAGUCCACAGUACUUGGCCGCUACAUCUUUGGAGACGUGCUGCUACAGGAGUGCAGGGAUGUGUUGCUGCUUGACAGAAGUAGCGUCGGGGAAACUGAAAGGAUGCUCGGGAAAAUGCGAGCAUGCAUCGGGCGGGGUGUUGACGUGUUCAUAGGGUGCUGAAACUUGUGUUGGGGAUUCACAGUUGAGGACUAUGUGUGUGUCCCUGGUAGGGUACUUCCAUGCAUCGCAGGACACAGUAAGGGGCACGUGCCAAAGGCGUGUUGUUAUCCUGGGACAGCAUUGCCCCAUUCGGUGCUUGCUUCUGAUAUCCACUUCCGCUAGGGGUGCAUUUUUGUACGGUUUGUGUGUGUUUCUCAAAACACGGGGUGGCUGGGUUGCAUGUUGCUUCGGGCUUGACAGCGAUGCUGCUGCUGCUGCUGCUGGUGGUGUUGCGAUAACUCGUGUGGGCUGCUGCUGCAGCAAAUACCUGCAAUGACUCCCUGACUGGUUGCGAGCGAGCUAACGCACAGCGCCUGUGGUGUAUCAGGGGCCUAGGUGGACAUGUGUGAGUCCGGAUGUGCUUGUGUAUGGCGGUCUAGGAAUGAUGAGAUAAUGGUAAUACGAUGUUUGACGGGAGCCGAGGCAUAGGCGCUGUUCGGAGGCAGCUAACGAGCUGCGGUGUUCCCUUUUGUGUUGUGUGUUGCUAAGAAAUGCGCAUGCAUUCGUGGAGGCAAAAGGGCUGCGUCCGGUGUCAUGCGACACUGACGCGGACUCCCGGUCUUUUGACCUCCGGCGGAAGAAGUUUUGUUGCUAGGCAAGCGGGGCAGCACAAUCGUCCCCUUACUCCCGUGAACCGUGACUGAAGGAACCUAUUGGUGAUCGAAGAUGAAGCCUUAUUAUGGACGGUAAGCGCCGGAAGCUAGGUCGCUGCAUUAGGACGGCUGGUUGAGGCGCGCGGGGUUUUGGAGGUAAUGGUUUCGGAGGUAGAAAUAACAAAUGAGACUGUGUUGUUGAUAAUGUUCUUUACGUGGCGCGAUGUCGUGAUCAUACUGAAAUGCGGACUUGCGGAGUCCUGAAGGCCAGCCUUCAAUGUAACAAUAGUCACUGU